GCUGCUCCGACACACGUGGGCCAACAUGGCUGCCUCCUGCGAGAGACGAGCCGCUUGAGUUCCUGGCUGCUAGCCCUGAAAACGCUCUGGUUUAUGCGUUAAAACGUUAGCUGUAGCCACGCCAGGGAGACAGGUCUUGGUACAGCUUGAGAGGCGCUGCAGCAAUGGCGCAGAGGAAGAAGAGGUUCACCAGGAAGAAGCGCCAUGCCGCGCACCGGGAGCCCGAUGCGGACUCGGACGGAGGCGAUUUCGAGCUCGCUGCCGAAGCCAGCUGCGAUGACACGGCGACCAAAAAGGUGGGUAAGAAACUACCACGCUUCCCAGCUCCUUCUGACUGCCUGUCGGACGUGGAGCCCGACACGAGGGAGCUUGUUCGGGCUCAGAACAAGAAGAAAAAGAAAUCUGGAGGCUUCCAGUCGAUGGGCCUGAGCUACCCCGUGUUUAAGGGGGUGAUGAAGAAAGGCUACAAGGUUCCCACCCCCAUCCAGAGAAAAACAAUUCCACUGAUUCUCGAAGGCAGGGAUGUGGUUGCCAUGGCGAGGACGGGCAGUGGCAAGACUGCGGCCUUCCUCAUCCCCCUGUUUGAGCGGCUGAAGGCUCCCCAGGCCCAGACCGGCGCCCGCGCCCUCAUCCUGUCGCCCACCCGGGAGCUGGCGCUGCAGACGCUGAAGUUCACCAAGGAGCUUGGGAAGUUCACUGGCCUUAAAACUGCGUUGAUCCUUGGAGGAGACAGAAUGGAUGAUCAGUUUGCGGCCCUACACGAGAACCCAGAUAUCAUCAUCGGCACGCCAGGACGCCUGAUGCACGUGGCUGUGGAGAUGAACCUCAAGCUCCGGGGUGUGGAGUACGUGGUGUUCGACGAGGCCGACAGGCUGUUUGAGAUGGGCUUUGCUGAGCAGCUGCAGGAGAUUAUCCGCCGGCUCCCAGAGGCCCGGCAGACGCUGCUCUUCUCUGCCACGCUGCCCAAGCUGCUGGUGGAGUUCGCCCGGGCCGGGCUAACAGAACCAGUGCUGAUCCGCCUGGACGUGGACACCAAGCUGAGUGAUCAGCUGAAGCUGGCCUUCUUCCAGCUGCGGCAGGACGACAAGCCGGCGCUGCUGCUGCACCUGCUGAGGAGCGUGGUGAAGCCCCAGGAGCAGACUGUGGUCUUCGCGGCCACCAAGCACCACGUGGAGUAUUUGAAGGAGGUUUUAUCGUCGGAGGGGGUGGACUGCUCCUACAUCUACAGUGCCCUGGACCAGACUGCGCGCAAGAUCAACAUCGGCCGUUUCGUCCACAGGAAGUGCAUGGUGAUGCUGGUGACUGACGUGGCGGCUCGUGGUAUCGAUAUCCCCCUGCUGGACAAUGUCAUCAACUACAACUUUCCCUCCAAGGCCAAGCUCUUCCUGCACAGAGUUGGUCGUGUGGCUCGUGCUGGCAGGACUGGAACGGCGUACAGCCUGGUCUGCCCUGACGAGGUGCCCUUCAUGUUUGAUCUCCAUCUCUUCCUGGGCCGCCCCCUUCAGUUUGCCACAGCUGGCCUGCCCCAAGAUGUAGAUGGGGUGUUUGGCCGUGUGCCCCAAAGUGUGUUGGAUGACGAGGAAGCUCUGCUGAUCGCUGCGCAUCAGAACUCGCAGGACCUCCAGAACCUGCGCCGCGUGGCGGAGAACGCAUACAAACAGUACCUGCGGUCCCGGCCCAGCCCCUCGGCGGAGUCCAUCAAGAGGGCCAAGGGUGUGGAUUUGUCCAGCCUGGCUGUCCAUCCGCUGCUGGGAUCUGCACUGGGGGGCGAGGAGCUGGACAGAUUGAAGAUGGUGGACGGCGUCAAAAACUACAAAUCGAAGGCUACCAUCUUCGAGAUCAACUCGAGCAGCAGGACGGCGGCCAGCGAGGUGAUGCGGGCGAAGCGGCGCCGCGACGCGGGGCAGGUGGGCAGCUUCCUGCGGGCGCGAGAGGACAAGGCGGCCGAGGGCCCGGCGAGCCAGCCUGCCGCCGGCGCCGCCCUGCAGGCCGAGAGCGACGAAGAGCACAUCCAGGGAGUGUUUUCUGCAGUGCUGGGUGGGAAGAGGAAGAUGACACAGGGAGAGGCAGAGGCUCCGAAGAAGAAGAAGAAGAGGGAGACCUUCUGUGACCAGGAGUUUUACAUCCCCUAUCGACCCAAGGACUUCGACUCUGAGAGAGGGCUCAGUCUUGUUGGGGAAGGCAGCACUUUUGAGCAGCAGGCGUCUGGGGCUGUGUUGGACCUCAUGGGUGACGAGGGUGACAAGAUGAGCCAACACAAGAAUAUGCUGAAGUGGGACAGGAAGAAGAAACGCUUUGUGCGGGAGACAGGAAAAGAAGACCAAAAGAAGAAAGUUCGGACAGAGAGUGGCCAGCUGAUCAGCAGCUCUUACAAGAAAAACCUCUAUGAGCAGUGGAAGAAGAAGUACAAGAUGGAGGAUGGAGCAUCUGAUUCUGAGGGAGAAGGAGGUGGCAGUGGGGCAAGGAGAGCAAGUACAGGGAGGAAGGGCGGGAGAGGUCCGCAGCCCCAGAAGCACAGCCCUGGGCCCAGGCCGCGCUCCGAGCUGAAGAGCCGGGAUCAGAUCCUCAAGCAGCGCAAGAAGAGGGAGAAGCAGCAGUUCCUGCAGAGCGGAGGGCUCAAGAAACUCCGCAGGAAGAACAGGCAGCACGUCGGGGAGGUGGCAAGGUCUGGCUUUGGCCGGGGAACCAGCAGGAAAGGCAAGCUGAGGAAGAGGCUCUGAGGAGGGGAGAUGAGACGGCACACCCAGCUGGACUCCAGGGCAGAGGGAGCGUCCAGCUCCCACAUGUGGACUGCGUUGGAAAGCACAUGGAGCUGUGGUCAGACUUCUUGGUGAUCAGAGAAGAGGGCUCUGCUUUCAUGUCUAAAGCUGCAGUUGAGCUGCCUACUGUUGGUGGCUUGACUAGUAAGACUCUACAUAUCCCAUGAUAUAACCAUUCUUAAAAGCUUGCCCAGCAAUUAUUUUCAAAACGUGCGUUAGAGAAUUUGCAUCUCCGAUCCAUGCUAGUUCUCUGUUUCUGAAUAAAAAAAGUGUGGUGAUC